AUGCCUGAGAAAUACCAACACUUCGAUCUUAUCAUUAUUGGCUUAGGCAUUUACGGUAUAUCAGCCGCGCGUACCUACCUUGAAGUUCACCCACACCACAAUGUUGCCAUCUUUGAAGCAUCAGCGACAGUCGGCGGCGUAUGGAGCGCAGAGCGAAUGUACAAUGAUUUUAUCACUCAAACGCCGCUGGGAAUGGCCGAGUUUUCCGAUCUAGUCCUGGAAGACGUGCCUCAAGACGAUCAGUACUAUGGAUUCUUCAAGGCCCGACAUAUGACAAAAUACCUAGAACACUACACUCGAAGUCGUGAAUACGCCGGCACCACUAUUGCUGACAGGGUCCAUUUCAACUCACCGGUAGAGAGGUUGAGCAAGCAUGGAGGUCGAUGGGCCGUCGCCAUCGAAGGCAGCAAGACGAUCUAUAGCGCCCCUCAGGUAAUCGAUGCCUCCGGCUUGACUUCAACGCCGCAUAUACCAAACAUACCCGGGAAAGACGCAUUCCGGAGCUUGUCACUGCAUCACAAGAACUUUGGUCAGUCAGACGUUCUUAGGAAUAGCCGCUAUCAAGAUAUCGUAGUGCUUGGAGGGGCCAAAUCUGCUGCCGACGUAGCGUACGCCGCCGCAAAAUCCCACAAGGAGGUAACUUGGAUCAUCCGCAAAUCCGGCGCGGGCCCUGCAGCAUUUGUGCCAGCUCAAGGGCGGGGGCCAUACAGAAAUUCGAAUGAGUCCUUCUACAACCGCCUCACCGCUUCCUUUCUAGCCAGUGCAUUCCAUUCUGAGAACUGGUGGACUCAAUUUCUGUACGUUACAAGAGCCGGGAGAGCACUGUGGAACUGGAUCUGGGCCGGUAUCAAUGCCGGUCCCCAGAAGCUGGCCAAGUUUGACAGACUGGAUGGGCAGAAGAAUGGGUUCGCCAACCUGAAGCCUGACACGCCGCUAUUCUGGCAGAACGAUAGCACCGGUAUUGUGCAGCGCGCUGACUUCUUCGAUACGAUUGCUACCCAGGUCCGUGUCAUCCGUCAAGACAUCCACAGCAUAAACGAAGAGGGGUUGGUGCUGGACGACGGCACGGCCGUUGCUGCAGAUGCUAUCGUUUACUGCACAGGCUGGAAGAUAUGCCAUCCAUAUCUGGACAACGAGACGGCCGCUCAGCUUGGCUUACCGGUGCACCAGGACUACUGUUCUCCGCAGGAGGUUGUUAGAUGGCAAGCUCUGGACCGAGAAGGAGAAAUCAAAACGCUCGAGCGCUUUCCCGUUUUGCGGGAGCCACCGUCUCAUCGAGCACCCACCGGCGUGCUGUCACCGUUCCGGCUUUACAAGGGCAUGCUGCCGCCGCAUGACCAUUCCAUCAUCUUUCUCGGGAAGCUCAUGCUUGGAAACCACUUCCGCAACGCCGAGGUGCAGGCUCUGUGGGCUGUGGCUGCCCUCGAUGGCAACGUAUGCUUUCCUUCAACAGAAGAUAUAGAUGCUGAGAUAGCCGACACAGUGGCAUGGUGCCGCAAGAGAUACCUGAGCAAGGGCGAACUGGGCAAUUGGCUUUACUUCGACAUGGUCCCGUAUACAGACAUGUUACUGGAGCAGCUGGGCUUGAAGAGUCAUCGGAAGACUUGGCUGAAAGAUCUUCUUGCACCCUGCCUUGCCAGAGAUCUCCGCGGCCUGGUAAAUGAGUACAAAGAGCUGCACCAGCCCCCAAGGGCCACAAGUCGUAAGCACAGAAACAGAAGGCGCGCACAUGAGACACUCCUAAAUCAGUCAGAGAGUUACUCGUUAUAG